GUCCGAUCUCUCUAGGUUGAAUCGGCCAUUAUUCCUAAUUGAAAUCGUAUCACGAAUUUGUUAUUUUUAGUUUUGAGAAUUUUAGGGAUCAGUUUCAUGUGUGCGAAUUUUGAGGAAUCUGAUAAGAUUUAAACAAUCAUCUGAUCUUAUGUGUUAUGCAGAACGUGACAUUGGAGUACAAGAGACUCCUUGGUGCAAAGACACAGGUUGUGGCUGGAACAAUGCACCAUCUCACUGUAGAGGUGGCUGAUGGUGAGACCAAGAAGGUCUAUGAAGCCAAGGUUUUGGAGAAAGCCUGGGAGAAUCUCAAGCAGUUGGAGAGUUUCAACCACCUUCACGAUGUUUAAAUCUCAUUCCUGACCCCUUUCUGUGUGCUCUCAAACCACACGUGAUAAGAGUUCCGGUUUUAACUUCUUUAAAAAUAAGUGAAUGUGAAUCCAGUCUAUGAUGUGUUUGAACUGGUAUCGUCUGUAUCUCUCGACUUUCGUUUGUGUACUGCUAUUACCAAACUCUCACUUUCUAUCUAUUUCCCUUGGUUCUACAAAACAUCAUGAUAUGAUUAUAAAUCCCAUGACUAUCUCCAUCAGAUUACAAUGAA